AUGGCGGGUCGCCGCCGCCUGCCCUUCAGCGCGGGGGGGAGCGCGGCGGCUCCGCGCCCGCCGGGCCGGGAUCACGCCGAGCCGCGGGCGGCCCCCGGAGCCCGCGCCGGGAGCGGGGCCGGCAGCGGGGCCGGCGGUGCCCGGCGCGGCAGCAGCCCCAGCCCCAGCCCCGGCCCCAUGGCCGCGCCGCCGCUCCGGGGCAGCCCCGCCGAGCGGCUGCGGCGGCCGGGCCGGAGAGCGCGGGAGGCGGCGAGGGGAGGCAGCGCCGCCCCGCUCCGGAGCUCCGCGCACCGCAAACCUGCGGGGCCGCCGCCAGCGGGCGGGCGGAGCGCGGCCCGGGGCGGGAAGGAAGGCGAGGGCCGAGCCCUGCCCGGGCUUCCUGUGAGGCUCCGGGCGCCCCGCGGCCAUGGCGGGCGCGGCCCCGCGCCGGGCGGGGCGGGACGGGACGGGACAGGACGGGCGGCAGCAGCGGCAGCAGCAGCGGCAGCAGCAGAGCCCCGCGGGCCGAGCGGGGCCGGGCGCUGCGGGAGCCGCGGGCCCAUGGCGGGAGGCCGCGCCCAGCGCCGCCCGGGCCCGCCGGCCCCCCCUGCCGGGAGCCCCUUCCCUCAGAGCUCCCCCCGGAGCUGCGGGAGGCGGCUGGCGGAGCUGGCUCCGCUGCGGCUCGUGGGAGUGAAGGCGGUGACGGGGUUUAGGUCGGCUGUCACCGGCGAUGAGCCUCCCCAGCAACCCGGCUGUGCCCGGAGCUCCCCCGCUCCCAUCACCCGGCCUAAGGAUGGGGACCCGGACCCUCCCGGGCCCUGCCGAGCGUGAAACAAGUCAUAUGGUCAUCGAGCAGGGUAACGUACCCAUAGCAAGGCAGUGCAAGUUGGAACAGUAUAAACGACCUAAACCCGUCCUGUCCCGCUGAAAAUGGACAAAGCCUCGUGUGUUUACAAGCAGCAGGACUGCAAAAGUGCUCACAUCCUCCCCCGAGAACCAGUCCCGGCUCUGCUGUGGUUGGCACAGCUUCUGUCCCUCGAGGAGCAGCCCCCGAUGGCACUGCUGCACGGCUCUGGCAGGAGUGCUGCAGCCCACUGACCAGCACUUUGAUUUGGAUACCAACAGCGAUGGAAAACUCAGUGACAGCACCAGUUCUUAAACCACACAAAUGAGGCCUGUGCUACUGGGCAUCGUUUAAUCCUCCAGGGCAAAGAUGAGGUCUUAUGCAUUUCACUGUGAACACGGAAAAUCUUCCCUAGGUGCUCUAAAAAAAUUGCAACUUUACAUUCUGUGGCUGUAUCGCAGAGACAUGCAGUCUGUGGGUAUUUACAACAGAACCUGUUGGACCACCAGAUUAAACAUUAAUUAGUAAAAUGAACAUCAUAAAAAAA